UCAGUCAUCUCUGUUGAAGUUCCAGACUGCUCCAGCCAACCAGGGCAACCGGGUCGCAGGGGACAAGGAUAAGCCAGCCGCCCUCAGCCGCCUUUGCCGUCUUGAAGCCCAGAGAGAGGCCAUCUCCCAGGCUCUGGCUCAUAGCUCUCAGGAUGGAGCAGGCAGUGCUGUGGAUGCUGGUUAUGGUGGCGCUGGGAAUACACUACCGGUGUGCCUCAGGUUUUCCGGUGUACGACUACGACCCUUCCUCCCUGCGGGAAGCCCUCAGUGCCUCUGUAGCAAAGGUGAACUCGCAGUCCAUGAGUCCUUACCUGUUCCGGGACACCCGCAGCUCCUUGAAGAGGGUCAACGUCCUGGAUGAAGACACCUUGGUCAUGAACUUAGAGUUCAGUGUUCGGGAAACUAAAUGCCCGAGAGAUUCUAAUGAUCCCUCCACCUGUACAUUCCAAAGGGGCUACUAUGCGCCAACAGCUGCUUGCAGGAGCACCGUGCAAAUGUUCAAGGGACAGGUGAAGGACGUGUGGGCUCACUGCCGCUGGGCCUCCACAUCUGAGUCCACCAGCAGUGAAGAGAUAAUUUUUGGGGACACAGAAAGAUCCUAUAGAAGAAGAAACGAUUAUUUACUUGGUUUUCUUUCUGAUGAAUCCAGAAGUGAACAAUUCUAUGACCGGUCACUUGAGAUCCUGAGAAGGGGACAUCUUCCUGCACAUAAAAGGUUCCUGAACCUCCAUCACAGGGCGAGAGUAAAUUCUGGCUUUGAGUGACAUCCUGGAGGCUAUCUCCAAGUGUGUCACACUCUCCCAAGAUCCGGGUCCUUACGUGAACUGCAUAUAGAGGACUUGGCCAUGGAUGUACUGUGAGAUCCAGACAUUCCACUAGCCUUCUUUCUUGAUUGAUGCCAUUGCUACUCAAUUUUCUCAGCUUAAUGAUCUGGGGAGCAUCACCAAACCUUCUCUGUUCUUUCUCAUCUCCUGGUAUCUGUGGGGUGCAGGGUUGUUUGUCGUAAAAGCACAUUUACCUAAUGUCAGCCUGUCCUUUCCUUCCCUCACUACCGAUGAACUCAUUACAUCUUGGCCUCAGGGCCUUAUCCCACACUGUCUACCUUGCCUUGGGCUUAUCCUGGAAGAUGGGGAGACCUUGAUCCUCCACUGGUACCCUCUGAUGUUGACUUUGCUUGUGGGGCUAAAGCAGAGGUGUGCAAAUUCCAAACACUGAGCACAACAGAACAGGACUUUGACAGAACUAGUGCUUUGGGGGACUGUAGGCUGAGCCCUGAUCUACUAAAGCUAUCACCCAGCAUGGUGGGGGUCUUGCCACUCUUCGUGCCACUCUCAGUUGCCAGGCACAAGAACAAGCGGAAUGUGUAUUCUGAAAACUCGCAAGUAUCAAAGGGACUGUAUGAAAGAUACCCUUAAGAGAAAACUUAAGACACAAUCACAGGGGCUAGAGAGAUGGCUCAGCAGUAAAGAAUGUUUGUUGCUCUUGCAGAGGACCAGGCUUUGCAUCCCAGCACCCACACGGCAGCACACAGCCAUGUAUAUCUCCAAUCCCAGAGUACCCAGCUCCCUCUUCUAGGCACGUACACGGUGUGUACAUAUGUAUGUACAUGCAGACAUUCAUAAAUAAAAUAAAUCUUAAAAAAAUAAAAGUAUUCCAUUAAAAUGCAA